GGGCACUGAUGGGGUCGUUAGCCGAAUUUAUGACUUCAUGAUUUUGUGUUGUAAUAACAAUAGAAACUUCGCAGUUUUAUUUUGUGUCUGUGAAAAACGUCGCUGAACAUUAAUGUGUGCAAAAAAAUCUAAACAGCGCAGACUUUAAGUUCACUUACGAGAAUUUUAUUUGAAAACGAAACUAACCGUCUUGAAAAUCUUCACACAUUCGACCAAACCAAACAAAACCAUAGAAAACACGCGAUAACUGCGGGUUUUGCGCGGUCUCUCGCUGCGACAUUUGCGCGUUUGGACUAAACGAGCAGUUUCAAGCCGGGUCGACCUUCAGCGGCGUUACCGUGGCAACGAGCCGUCGCCGUGGUUACGACGACAACUUCUUCCCGGCAGACAUUUUCCAGUGUUUCCCUGAUGCAGACCUGCAUUAUGGGGUCUGUUGCAUCUGAACCUGCUGUUAUUCAGAUAGUAAUCAGUGCCACGUUUCAGUAGGAAGAUCACACAAUGGAACUGGAACAGAAGUUUCAAGGCCGACGACGCAGGGUCAAGGAAAAGGCCCACACUCUGCCCCCUCUUUGUGUCUCGUCAGGCUCAAUGCCAGAGCCUCUGUCCCGUGACACACCAAUGCUCCAAACUGUCCCCUCUGACAGGCCCUUAUCAGUGAAAGAGCUUCCUCGUCUUAUGGCCCAAGUAGGAACUGAGAGGGGCUGCGCAUUAGGGACUGAUAUAGCUGUCAGAGCUACUGCUGAGUCAUCAGCACAAAGCAUUCCAGAGAAAAAGGAACAAAUAACUGCGGUAACAUGUAAGGAUGAAAAUAGAAACGAUAUAAAAAGAGGGAAAACGGCCAGACAACAUAAAUUUCCUCUCACUGCCAUAGAGGUUGUUCAAAUCCUCAUACAGAAAAAACACCUGGCAGAAGUGAAGCUCUACUACCUGAAAGAAGUAGAUGAGCGCUCUAACAGGCCUUAUGACCUACAAGUGGUCCACUCCACUAAGGCUGGUUCUGAACACUACAUCUUCUCCCCUAAUUACGUAGUACAUAUGACAGAGAGGGGUUAUGGCGGACUUGUCAGUCUGGCUGAGUGGUACAGAGAAUCUGUGCUGUGGACGGCUCUGCAGAAAAUAUCUUUUUUUAGGUGCUUCAGGCUGCGAAAAGCUUUUACCUGGUGGAUUGUAACUGUUCGCAGAGCCCUAUUUCAACGCAGAUGCAUGGUUCUACAGGACAUGUUGCUUCUGGCUCUACCUCAGUUCAGAAGAGCGUUUUACCUUUUUGUUGGACUAAUUGAAGAUCUGAAGGAAACACACCUGCUUCCUCUGGAGGAGUCUAAAACUUAUACAUUGCCUGAAUUCAAGAACAUUCUGAUAACCAAGCGUGAAGAGUUUCUGAAGCUACUGGAAAAGUUAUCUCAAUAUCACGCUGUCAUCCUGAAUGCGGUGAAGGAAAACAGCCAUAAGGCUCAUCAGGCUAUUCAACGGCAUUUGGAAUAUGCUAAUAAACCAAAUAAAUGCUAUGAACCCAUUCACCUCCAUCUGGUUCACCAACAGAGGCUGAAGAAUGAGCUGGCUGAGUCCGAACGCACCUUGAGGAAACUGGGAAACUUUGCUUAUCUAAUCAAUCAAAUCAUUUUGCAAAGUCUUGUCACAGUCAUUAGAGAUGAUGUGUUUUACUUUCUCAACAAUGUUUUAAAGAGGACAAAAUCACAGCAGAGCUGUCUCUUCAUCACUGAGCUUUGUUUUAAUGCUAGUAAUCAACUGACUGUGGACCAGCCAAUAAAACUGUUUCAAGAGGCAGCGAGUGAAGCCCUCCUGACUGUUGGUGACACUAUAGUUCAGAUGUGUGACACUAGUGGAUUCUUCUUGGAGAUCUGUACCAAUGUGCUUCGCUCUGACUUUGCUUAUAAUUUGACACCUGACCUCUGUGAACAACCUGUGAAUACAGAGGAAAGACACAACAGUGACAGAAUGACUGGUAGGACAAAGGUUUGCUGCUGGCAGUUGCUCAAGGACUUGUCAGAUCACUGGCUGCUGCUGCCAAAGCAAGCCGGCCUAAUGGUGCAUGGCAACAUGGUGCAUGGCUGCUACUAUCCUCUAUCUAAAACACAGCUGGAGUGGCAGAUCAGCAUCAGUGACAAUAAAGAGCACAUUAAGAAGAAGCUGACUAGAAGCAUGCAGGAAGCUGAGCAACAACAUCAGCAGUUGUUGGGGAACCAUUCGUGGUUGGUGGACAUCUAUUUGUUCAUUAGUCAAUGGACUCAUGAUGUUUUGGAUUCCAUGAAGGGUAAAGCUGCAUCACUGUAUGAGGAGCACAUUCAGAAGCUGCGCCACUGGACUGAAAGAAUCAAUAUGAUUCCCCCAUCACUAUCUACAUCCAACCUGCUGCUUGUUAUUCAUUGUACCAACAUAAAAGAAACUUUAGUGAAACAACUGAGGGCCAUUGAGAAGGAAGUGCUACAGCAGCUAGAUGAGCAGAUACGGCUGCACUCGGACAGCCUCAUAUCAGACUUAGAGAUGGUGUCUGCUGAACUCAAGAUGGAACCUCAACAUUUAAGUGAAUUCACUAAAUAUGCACUUAUGGUUAGGGAAUCUGGAAAAAAGUUGUCUGACAUGCAGAAACGGCUGAAGUACAUCCACUCCCUCCAGAACACUGUUUGUGCAAAUUAUAGGAAGAUGACUAAGCAGGAGAUAACUUUGGACAAAAAGAUGCUGGGCUUGUGGAAUUGCCUUAUUCCACUUUUGAAGCAAGCAGACAGCGCUGUGUGCAGUAGACUUCCAUCAGUGGCUAACGCGCUGGACACAAUGUCCUCCUUUGUAGUGUGUGACCUUGAAAACCUAGUGUCUAAAGCUACAUCUGGAGCUUUUGUUGAUCCAUCCCAGAAUGCCAAAGAGAUGGUCACUAAAUUGAACUACAUGUGUGCAGAGGUGCACCACCUAAAUGUGAAGCUGGAACAGCUUGCUAAGAACAGUCAGAACUUACAAGAACAUACUUUGGAUUUGACCAUUUUGACAACAGACCUUCAGAAAGUCAAAGCCAGGAAGGAGCUAUGGGAGCUGAAGGCUGCAUACACAACAUGGAUGGAAGAAUGGGAACUGAUGCUUUUCAAUGAGGUUGUGGUGUCACAAGCUCAAGGCAAAGUUUCUGCAUGGAAAGAACAAGCCGCGUGUUUAAAAAGUGCCAUUUCCACCGACGAUCCAGUGCUACACGACACUUUAACAACCCUGGAAAAUCUGAGCCUUCAGCUUGCAGUCAUGGCCAAGCUGAAGGCCCCCACACUCCGACAUAAACACUGGGAAGCUAUAUUUAAUGGUAUCGGUUUACUGUAUGUCCCAGAGAAGGUGACUGUUGUUGAACUGAUGCAUAAACAACUUCAACUUCACCAGAAACUAAUUACUAGGAUAUGCCUCAAUGCACAAGCAGAGUGUAACAUGGAGGAGACCUUCCAAAAACUUUGUCAGAGAUGGAAAGAGAAGCUGUUCUGGCUGGAUAAAUUCACUCAAAGUGAGCUACAACAUGGAUUAACAGGAGCAGAGGGCAUUGUUUCCAAUCUCCAAGCUCCCAAUCAACACUUUGGUAGUGAGGGAAGAUUCAUCAUAAUUGGUCUGGAAAUGUACUGUGCUGAAAUAGAAAGCGACAGGAUGACUCUGUCUACCAUGUUAAAGUCUCCAUACAGUAUUGAAUUCAGGCCGCAGAUAGAAGAUUGGAUGCAAUCACUUCAAGAACUUGAGCAGAUGCUUCGUUUGUUUAAAAGAUACCAGCAAAUGUGGGCCUUCUUAAUGAAAAUGUUUAAUGAAACAUUCUGUAAUGUUCCCAAAGGGAGUCUGCUGGAGCAGUUUCAACCAGUUGAUAAGAUAUUUAAAGAAGUUAUGUGCUCAGUGAUGACUGACCCUCAUGUUUUGAACUUUGUUACUUCCAUGAAUAAGAAUGACAAUUUUCAAAUUCAAAUUUGCCAAGUUCUCAUUAACGGCCUAUUGAAAAUGGAAGCUAUUUCCAACCAGGUGAUGAACUUUGUGGAUUCUCUAUGUGAGCAGUUUCCAAGACUCUGGUUCUUAAGUGACAGAGAAAUAAUAGAACUGCUGUCCCUUCACCCAACACCUUUAAUGCUGGAACCCUUUGUAUGCAAAUGCUUUAAAGGGAUUCGAGGACUUGAAGUGGACAGGAAAAGCAACUGUAAUACAAAUGAUGUGAAGGGAUGUGUGGCAGCCCGCUACCGACAGAUGAAAGUACUUGGUACAUUUUCUAGUUUCCAGGAACACAUUGCAUUUCUGUCUCCUGUAGAGCCAAAUCUUAAUACUGUGGUUUGGUUAGGUGCCAUUGAGAAACAAUUAAAGCUGACCGUGGUCCAGCUUAUGAAGCAAUGUGCUGUUGCACGAAAACUGCUUGAACCGUCUUGUCAGGACUUGAUAUCUGAUCAGAAAGUUGGAGACGUCCCAGGUCACAUUGAUAACCAGAGUAAAGAUACACAAACUGUGCUGGAUCUGGUAUUAGAAUAUCCUUUGCAGUGUUUGCUGGUGGCUGAGGAGGCAGUUUGGUGCAGUGCCAUUCUGAACGCUUUUCAAGAGUUAACCCCCAUAAGGUUGAGCAGCAUUAAGGCAUACAAUUCUGCAAAACUCAAGAAUCUUGUUCAUUGCAUUAGGACUGGAGCUACAGAGAAUAGAAGUCAGUCUGUGCCUUCUAAGUAUGCAAUGAUGUGUGUGCGUGCUUUAGUGCAAGUUACAAUGAAUCAUGCACAUCAGCUAACUCAACUCACGGAGAUUGAAGGUGCGCUGGAGUCAUCUUUUGAGUGGAUAAGCAUGAUGAAGUAUCAUAUAGUACCUAAAUCCCAUUGUCUGAAAAGCAGCAAUGAUGAAACAUGUUAUGUGGAUGUUUUGGGCCAUCGCUUCCAAUAUGGCUUUGAGUAUUUUGGUCCAGAUGACUGGAUUGUGAAUAAUCCUUCCACAGAUCGGGCAGUGUUUGGAAUUCUCUUUGCUCUGACAAGCUAUAGAUGUGGGUUUGUGAGGGGACCUUGCAUGUCUGGAAAGAACAAGACUGUGGUCCAGUUAGGAAAAGCACUGGGGCGAAUGGUUGUUACCACACAGUGUUUUCCAACCAUGACACCUGGUAUUGUUCAGAAAAGGCUGUUGGGAGCUCUUUAUACUGGAGCUUUACUUCUACUGGACUCUGUCAACCUGUUGACACAAGAGGUGUUGUCAUUGCUGGCACAGUAUUUAGUAGAGAUUCAUCAGUCCUUCUCUGACCGAACGAACAGCAUUCAAAGACUAAAUGACGAGACAAAAAGUGGACCUGGUGACCUGGAAUGCCGUAUGACAUUUGCAGGGAAAACAUUUUCUGCUAACGUUAACUAUGGAUGUGUUCUCAUCUCAUCAAGCAGAUAUACAUCAGAGGUUCCACCAAGUCUGCAGUUUGCAACAAGACCCAUUGCAUUAACCUAUCCAGAUUAUAGAGUUAUUGCAGAAGUAAUGCUGACUUCAGUUGGUUUUUUGGAGGCUCUUUCUUUAAGUCAGCGCCUGGUGUCCCUCAUCAGUCUGGCCAAGGAUUCCUUCUGUUUGCCUGAUGUACUCUCCAAUGAGCAGUGCAGCUAUCUUGUUGUCUUGCAAAAGAUCAUCUCUGCCUCUGAAAUAUAUUUACAACAAUGUGUGGGAAAGGGAGGAUUGUCUGUUGAGAUUGAAGAGUUGUCUGUAGAACCAAAUGAUUCAACUGCUUCACACAAUGUGCCAGCAGGAACGGCUGAGAAGAGCAGAAAGGAAAGGUUACGAAAAUCUUGUCUGUCUGUUAAACAAGGCUUAUUAGAAGAGACAGCCAUCGUCAAAUCAAUAAUGACUGUCUUAGUACCUGUACUUAAUGAAAACGAAAAAGCAUCAAGGUUUGACAUCAUUUUCAAGGACGUGUUUCCGAUGGCAAUCCAGUUUCCUUUUUUCCAACACUAUAUUGAAGAACAUGAAAGGAACCAACUUAAAAGUGUAGUUGCAGAAUUUUUGCAAGCGAAACAGUUUCAACCUGACACUGGAAUCGUUAGCAGCACCAUUGCACUAUAUCAAACCUUGAAACGCAGUCAAACAGUGCUGCUUUUAGGUCCUCCAGGUGGUGGAAAGACAACCUGUUACUGUGCUCUAGCAGGAGCCCUCAACAGUCUGGCAGCAAAUGUGGGGGGAAGUGACGAUAUUGUUAAACAGGACGCCCCACAGAUGGAAGCACAUGUUUUUGCUACAAACUGGAACUUUGUUGACACUAUGGUCAUAUUUCCUAAUGGCAUGUCCCACACAGAAGUAUUUGGUGAUAAAUCUGGAUGGCAAGAUGGAGUUCUUACAAGUGUCCUGACAGAAACAGAGCAACGUGAAAAAAUUUCUGAACUUUGCAACAAUGGGAAGAAAAUAGUCAAAUGGCUCAUAAUGGAUGGAGAGCCAGUGGGUCAACCUGGCUGGUUGGAUUGUGUAACCACAUUGUGCUGUACUGGUGAAACAUCAGAACCAUCCAAAUUACACCCUAAGCUGCUUAUGGAGGUAACAGACCUUAGUGGGGCGAGUCCGUCUGCAGUGACCCAUUGCAGUAUUGUUCAUGUCAGAGCAACUGAUCUAUGGAAAGCUGCCUGGAAAAGUGAAGUGGACGCCCUCUGCUGUGAGCACAGACUAGAUCAAAGGGUCUUAAAAAUAUGGAAUAGUCUCGCUGAAGAUCUUUUCUCCAGCACUUUUACUUUUCUUAGGCAGAAGUCCUUCAACUCUGCAAUCUGUGUGGAAGGGGAAAGCCAAAUGUGUGGACUGCAAGAAGUCAUGUCCUUUGUACGGAUCUUGCGUGCCCUCCUCUACCAUUAUGGAAAAGAGAAAGGAAAAACUAAACCCAACACAGAUACAUGUAUGCACGGAGCUGACACAACAGACAUAGAUUCUCAAAGCAAACAACAACAGUUUGCCAUAGAUCUUUUUCUGGUGGCUUAUACCUGGGGAUUUGGUGGACAUCUGCAUCCUCGCCAUUGGCCACAGUUUGACUUACUUGUCCGUCAGGUGUUGUUCAACUGCAGGUACAGAAUAAUUGUUCCUGGUGAAGAAAGUGUUUUUGAACAUGUUUUAAAGAUCAAAACAUGGCCCAAGAACACGUUGUUGACAACAUACGUUUCCCCCAAGUAUGGGAAAUACACCGACCUCCUGAAUCUCAUGUUGAAGGCAAGUCAGCCAGUGUUGCUUGCAGGAGAGCCCGGUUCUGGAAAAACCACCCUGUGCCAGACAUUGCUGAGUUUUGAUAUGCCACACAUCAGCUUACAAGCCAGUCCACUACUUAGCUCCAAAGACCUGCGCAAUAUUCUAAUUAACAUUAGCUCUCAUAAAUACCAUGAAGGUAAUAUGGAUGGUGCGACCAAACAGCCAAGACUGCUACUGUUUGUGGACGACUUGCAUGAAGCACCAUGUGAUGUUUUUGGGAAGACGUCGAUGGCUCUAGAGUUGCUACGGGAGAGCAUGUCAAAAGGAGAGAUUCUAUCAGCUGAUACCUACUGCUUCAAGUUUCUGACUUCUGGCAUCCUCGACUACAUGGCAACCUGUUGUUACUCUGGAUUGGGCAGUCACCAAAUGAACGCACUAUCCUCCCGGCUCUCACGCCUGUUCUCCAUCUUUGUACUUCCUUGUCUGUCUGUGGACGUUAUAUUGUCAAUUCAUUCUCCUAAGCUACAAGUCUGGCUUAAGGAAAUGCCACUUAAACAGAGUGCAGAUGAGAUGGCAUGUUGUGUUAUUGCUGCAACACAAACUGUUUAUCGUGCAGUAUUGGAACAUUUUCCGCCCACAAGGCAAAGGCCCCAGUUUCUUUUUUCUCAACGUGACUUGCACAAGGUGUUUUCUGGAAUGUACCUGUGGCGACCCAACAUCCCAACCACAGAGAUAACGCAGAAAAAUAAGCAUGAACUUUCAGAGUAUGAAGCAUCAGUUUUUAACAUAGUUCAACUUUGGAUGCACGAGUGCAUGCGUACGUUUAGUGAUAGAUUAUGCUCAGAGGAUGAAACCAGGACUCUUGUGUCAAUCAUAGCCAAAGCAGCAACAGCCCACUUUGGAAUUAGGUCAGUUGAAGACCGACCCUUGGUCACAAGCCUUGUUACUCCAACAUCAUCCACAGAAACAGCUGGCCAAACAGAUGAGAGUCAAGAUUUGCAAAGUCAACCUCAAGAUGCAAAAGCAUCAGGACAGUCGAAGCAACAGAAAGACUGUUCAAUGAUUGAGCCUUCACUUCAAUCUGAAAAACAUCUCUCAGGAGAGGAAAACUUGAAAACUCUGCAACAUAUGGAAGACUUAAUGACUCAGCUUGUAUUUGGUCCUGAUCUCUUAGAGCCCUUGAAUUUAGUAGAUUGUCAACCUAAUGUGAAGUGUAGCUCUUCUUACAACAAGCUGGACCUUAAUGUGCUAAUGCACAAGCUCUCUGCUUUUAUGGAUCAAAAAGAAGCUGAUGGAAAUGAUCAUGAUAGUAUGUGUAACAUUAGAUCCAGAUAUAUUGUGAGCAGACAGAGAGUGAGGCAACUGUUGCAUAUCCUCAGGGCUUUACUCAUGCCAGGAGGUCAUGGAGUAUUGAUUGGCUUAGACAGAGGUACUGGCCGUAAAACAACUGUGCGCUUAGCUGCCUGUCUUGCGGGCUACCAGUUGAUGGAGGUACAUUCUGGUAAUGAGGAUAAGUUGCAUGAUAUCCUUAAAGAUGCUGGGAAUCAAACUAGAGUUAGUGGGUGUAAUGUUAUCAUACUAGUCCAUGAAGGAAUUAGCCAGCGUGCUAGAGAAGAACUAUUGGUAGCGAUGGCCCAGAGAAGCUACCCAGCUCUCCACACCGAAGAGGAGGUAAAGAAACUCAUUCAUAAAAUGACAGCUGUUAACAAAUCAAGAAGAUUCCUUAUGGACAGUUGGAUAUUUGAAAAGUACCUGAGUCAAGUCCACAGAAAUGUCCAUGUUUUCCUAUUGCUGUCCAUCACCAUGUCCGAAAGUGAGAAACCUUCCAUAGAUGGACCCAGUGUUUGGAAUAAACAAAUGACCAAGGCCCUGAGUCUCAGCUGCUGUGUUGAAGUCUACCAGUCAUGGUCCAACCAGUGUUUGAUGGAAGCUGCUACUCAGUGUCUUCCAACCAUCCUUUAUAAAAUGAAUCAGGAAGGCUUAGAACCCAGUCUGUCUGUGGCUAUGGCAGGAAUCCAUCAGUCUGCAUGUCAUUAUGCAUCUGUCCUUCUGGACGCCCAGCCUUUCAGCCCCCAGACCUACAUGGACUUCAUUGCCUACUUUGGUUACCUGUGCAACCACCUGCACAAACAAUGGCAAAACAGCACAAACAGAAUUGAUUCUGUUGUGGCUCAUUUGGAUGCUAUGAACACCACAGCUGAAAAAUACAAGCAGCAGCUAAAAAGACUGCGAGAGAAGGUUGCUGAGACACAGCAGUGUGAGCAAUCCCUCCUUAGAGCUGUAGAUGACCAGAAGCCUUUGACUGGAGAAGCUGAGAGGAUGUGUUUGGUGGAGAAGCAAAACCUGCACAGAAUAGAAAAACAGAUUCAUCAGGCUCAGAUAGAAGAGAGACCAAUUUUCCAGACUGGCCUUAAAAUUCUCCAGUGUCUGAAUCCCUCUGACCUGGAGGAGGUGCGUCACUACAGAGAUCCACCUGAUGGAGUGGUGAGAAUCAUGGAUGCUAUUUGUCUGUUGUUCAAUCAUCCACCUGGCUGGGAAAGUGCCAAACAGCUUCUUGGGCGAUCCAACUUCUUCCAGGAGCUUGAGUUUUUUGACCGCAACAAUCUGACUAAUGAGCAGCUGCAACAGCUUGGUCAAAUAGUUCACAGUCCUCAGUUUGCACCAGAGUCUGUGCGAGAGGUGAGCAAAGCUUGUGAGUCCCUCUGUCGAUGGGUCCAAGCGUUGUAUGAGUGGUGCCUGAUGAAACCCCAGCUGUCAGGCAAGCGGCAGUUGGAGGCACUUGCCCGAGAGGUGCGGGCUAAGCUGCUGCAGGCCCGGCAACACAAGGAGGAUGCACUCCAUCGGCUACAGGAACUGAAGCUUCAGCUGCAGCUUAUACAAAAUGACCUAGAGCAGCAGCUGAUAGAGCUGAGCAAAUAUGAGCACAUGGAGAAAGAAGCUACAGCCGUUGUUGGUCAAGUGAAGACCCACAUCAUCCACUGGAAGGCUGCCAGUAAGAAGUCAGAGUUACAAACCCAGAACAGACCAGGAGAUGCCAUUAUUUUGGCUGCUGUCAUUGCGUACUUGGGCCCCUUUGCACCAGAUAUUCGUGCAGAACUGCUGAGCAAGUGGAGAGAGCUAUGUCACCGAGGAUACAUCGACAUCAACCCUGAGGACCCCAGAGCAUCUCUGUUUGCCUCCACUGCCUCCUCCUUUCCCCCUGCUGGUUUGCCCAUUUCAUUGUCUGAGACGUGGCAGCAGCCUUUGGGCCAGGCAUUGGGUUGGAAUGACUGGCAGCUACAGGACACUGGACCCGCCAGACUGUUGGUUCGGCUGCUGCUUUGGGGCUACACAAGUGCCUGGAAUCAGCAUUGGCCUCUGCUGGCUGACAUUCAGAUCCAUAAUGAAAUCUGCCAUCAGAGCUGGAAAACCACAGGAGGUAAUAAACAGCUUGAGACAGAGUUUGGUUUGGUGCUUUCUGCUGCUGAUGACAAGCUGCUGGAUAAGUUGUACCAGGCUGCCGAGACAGGUUUGAUGGUCCUGGUUACACAUGUGGAAAGUGCAAAACCCAGUCCACAGUUUCUAGCCAGACUAGUCCGUUCUGGUAAAAAUCAUCACGUUCAACCACCCCACCCUGGCUUUCGUCUCUUUCUUUGUACCCAUCUGCCAGUUCGGCUGCUUAACAAUGAGAUCCAUCCAUCUAUCUUGAGUCAGGUAAAUGUGGUUGACCUCUCUCUCAGCUCAGAAGAAAUCCAAGAUCUUAUUCUGACAAAAGUCCUUCAGUCUGACUGUAAGAAGCUGCUGAUCCAACACCUCAGUCUCCAAAAGGAAAAGAACCGGCUGCAAGAAAAGCUGUUCAAAGAACAGGAUGCGCUUGUGGACUUCAUCCUGAAGUGCAACACUUCACUGCAGGACUCUGGAUUUGUGCCCUGCGUAGCUGCUCGUCAAGAAGCAGUGAAGAAGCUACAGAGUGAAAUCCAGCAGCUGACCGAUGAGCUGGACUAUCAUGAGAGUCUAGUGACUACUCCCAGAGAAUUAGCACGACUGGCUGCUGCCCUAAACCAGUCUCUGCAAGACAUGUCUAUUCUGUCGCCUGCCUACUACUUUUCUCUACAUGGCUUUAUUAGAUCUAUGCAAGAGGCUGUGAUUGUGAAGGACAGGCCAUUAGUGAUAUACACCUUUGGGAAUGUCCUAGGGGACAUUGUGCCAGAGAUCACAAACAGGAUGGUGGCUCAGCUGCUGACCCAGUACAAACCCUGUCUAUUCAAGAGCCACUUUGCUGUUCUGAAGCUGCUGGUCUCUUUGGCUCUGCUCCAGUACAAUGGGCUGUGUUCUGAGGGUGAGAGGGUGGCUUUUCUUAGGGGCCUUGAAGACAUUGACCACACUGUCAUUAAUGUUAAAUCCACCGGUUCUCUGCCUAGCUGGAUACCUGCUCAUAUCCACCCAGAGCUCCUCUGCUUAGAGAAGAUUCCUUCUUUCAGAGGGUUGAUUGCCUCUCUCUCCACAUCCCCUAUACAGUGGAAGGAGUAUCUACACCUCCCGUCCUCUACGGUGAUAGGGCGUGUUCCCUGUCGCUCUCACGCCCAUCUGUCCCUGCUACAGCGGGCUCUACUCUGGAAGACCGUGGUCCCACACGCCCUACAAGCAGUCGCUGAGGCCAUAACUGCCUGCAACCUCAGCUUAUGGGCACAGACUGCAGGGACUGAGGUCCCUCACGCCAGCGACCCAGAGGCUCUAUCAAAGUACAUUGUCAAACAUAAAGGACCGAUCAUUCUUACACUUCCCAGUCCAAGAGGAGGUGGAUGGACAACCAUCCAACCUUUUGACUUAAUUAACAAAAUGGCAUUUCAUGUAGAACAAGCAAAGAAGAUUCAAGUUAAAGUUGUGUUUCUGGGGGCGCUGUGUGAAAGAGAAGCCAUCUUCUCAGCCCUGGACAAGGCAGUUACCAAUGGUCACUGGCUGGUUUUUAAUGACUGUCAUCUACUGGAACAGUGGAAAAGUGAAGUCAUGGUUCAUCUCAGCGAGUUGAUCCACUCUGUCAAUGAUGAGCCACAUCUGGUUCACCCGUGCUUUCAGUUGUGGUUUAUGACUCAGGAGCAUUCAUCACACUUGAUUCCAGCGGCAUUGAGGAUGAGAGCUCUGCCUCUGGUUUGUGACUCACCUUUUGAUCUGAAGGAAGAGCUGAGGUGCUCCUUACGACAGGUGGCAUCUGUUACACCUUGUCAGUCACUGUUGAAUGUUACAGCAGAUGACACGGAGUCCCUCUUAUGCUGUGCCAUCUUCCACUCAGUCCUUUUACAGAGACAGAACUAUAAAUACUUGAGACAAGGGAGAAUCUACAACUGGAGUCAGGAGGACCUCCAGGUCUUGAUCAAUGCACAUAAUUGCAUUGCUAGAAUCUGUCCUAACAGGACAAAGGUUUUGCAGUAUAUAGCAGUCAAUUUAGUGCACGGCAGCCAUGUGCUGGACUCUGCAGAUUUAGAGGAGGUGGAGAGUGUUGCCAAGGUCUUCCUCAGCAGAUUUCCACCUCUCUGGGCCAGUGGAGCAAAGGUCUCAAGUGUUAUUAGCAGUUGCAAUCACUUAGAUUUGUCUGAAAUAAUGCAGAUUUUGAGCAGUCAUCUGGAUUCACCAAGCCACAGUGACCAACUUAUGUUGGGCUUCAGUGCAGAGGUGGCAGCUGAAAUAAUCAAGAUCAGUAGCCACAGUUUAAACGUGCUGCUGCGGGCGUCUCAGACCCCUCUAGGAAUAGUGAGACAUGUCAGCACUCAGCUGAAUAGGCCCAGUGAAUUGCCAACCCUGUCCCAAGCAAGAGAAAGACUGCAGGAGCUGAAAAGUCACCUCACCGCUGCUAACCUUGGAAGCAGAGUUAAAGUUGCAGGAGCUGUUUGUCACAGUCCCCUACGUGAUUUCCUGCAGGAGGAGUGGGAUGAACUUAUUGAUCUGGUGUCCUCUAUCGCCUCACAGCUCCAACAGCCCGUUCAGUUCAGGCUGCUCACCGUCGCAUUCCUCCUGGAGCUCAGUGCCUUGUCUCAAUUGGAGAGGAGGGCAGAGUUGCUCAGUGCUUAUCUAUGGCACCACGAUAUUUCAGAUCCACCUGCUGCCUACCGACUGUCUGCUUUCAGAAAUAGCAGAGGCUUUUUGGUAGCAGUGAUCAGAGAGGCUGCUCAUGUAAAUCACAAAUAUAUCAGUGAUGUGAGCCUUCAUUUUCAGAUUGUGAGUGACAGCACACACUCAGCCUCAGCUCCACUGGAUGCUGUGUAUUUGUGUGGCUUGGAGCUCAGAGGGGCAACGUGGGAUUCACAGCACAGAGCCAUACAGGACUCAACCUUGUUGCAGCCAUGUUUAAUGCCGCUUGUUUGUCUCAAGGCACAAGUCAGGAGCACAGAUACUUUUGCAUGUAAAACAUCAUAUUCAAUGAGCCCCAGAAAUGUGCAUGUCUCUGAUGCUUCUGCAUCGGUUGGGCCUCGGUUACCAGUGUACCACUGCCCGCUCUAUGUGGAUGCUGAGGCAGGAGACGGGGGACAGUCCCAUUCUAAAAUCAUCACUGUGAUCCCACUUCAAACUAGGUUGAAUCCACUGUUGUGUAGUCUGAGAGGGAUGAGGCUAGUGAGCACACUCUGACCUGCUUGGCUUUGUCAUCUGAUGCACCUGACAGAUGCUCUGUAGUAGUUAUGAUGCAUUCUGUAUUUACAGCAAUAUAUUAAAAAAACUUUAAAACCA